AUGUGUGAGGCUAGCAGAGAAGGGAUUCACUCGCAAAGAGGAGACUCUCUGGAGAAGAGAGACUCCAUGGAGGAGAAGAGACUGUGUGCAGAAACAGUGAAACAGAAAGGUGUUGUUGUGUGCAGAAACGGUGAAGACCCUUCAUCUCCCUUCUUCCUUGACCCAAUACUCAUUUAUGCCUUUGGAUCUAAGGAAAAAGCUAUAGCCGUAAGCAGCAGUUGCAGCGUUGGAGUCGAAGAAUCUGGAGAUGAGGGUCAUGAGUUGUGGCAACGGAGAAGGCCUCAAUGGAGGGAUCGUGAUGGCAGGGCACUGAGGCAGCAUCGUACUAGAGUUGACGUUGGGAGUGGAAGCUUUGUGUUGUGUACACUUUACAUAGAUGUCGGUUUUGGGUUUGGGGUUAAAGGUGCCAAAGUGAUGCAAAAGAUGGAGGUUUGCGAAAGUUGCAUUGGAGAAAAGGAAAGUAGUGACUUAGUGCAGAAACUUAACUAUUGCGAUAAGGACAUUAGUGUAAUUCUUGUCCAUGGAAAGGAGAUCCCCAAAUCUAUCUUGGACGCUGCGAAGGGCUUUGUUGAAACAGACAGAAGGGUUUCUAAACGUUCUCGGAAGACUAAAAAUGGGAGUUCGAUUAGUCUAAAAGUUUCUGCUUCAACAUCAAUUUAUCAGCUGAAAAUGAUGAUAUGGGAAUCCUUUGGGGUUGUCAAAGAAAACCAGAUAUUACAGAAAGGUGAUAAAAUAAUUGAAGUUAAUAACGAAUAUACUACGCUUGUAGAUGCUAAUAUAUUUGCUGGAGAUCAAAUUAUUGUGAGGGACUCUCAGAUUCAUGAAAAUAGAGAUAUUGCAGAUGAGCUUUGUGAUGAGGAAAUGGAAACGCAACAUACCGAGGCAGGGUUUCGUGGAACACUUUUGACAUCAAAUUUUUCAUCUCAGGUUUUUUAG